AUGAAGCUUGUUUUCCUAGCUAAAGAUGCGAAAAAAUUGAAAGAAAAAAUAACUAAAUUGUCAACAACACUACAUAUUGAUAAUGAAGAGUUUCUCGAUGCAUCAAUGCAAUUAAUCUGUUCUAUUGAUUCAAGAGUAUUUCAAGAAUUAAACACUUUAUUAUGUAGUGAAACACGUGGACAAGGACAAUUGGAAUUAUUAAGUUUCAGGGAUGUUGCCGAAGGAGAUGAAACAUUAAAUGAUUUACAUGAAGAGAAAACAAACGAUUGA